AGAGUUUGAAUAUCAAUUUUUUUAUUUAAACUUUUCAUUAAUGCCAUUAUUUUAUAUUUUCGAAUAUUUCCAAUUGCCCAAAUAUAAAGUCCACAACAGCUGAUAUUGUCUCCUUUAUUUAUACAAGUUUAACAAAAAUCAUAGGUGAACGUUUUGUUAAAAUGGACUCGAAGAAAAUAUCCUUUGGAUUCAGCAAAAUAACAAAAAAAUCUAAUUUGUUAACGUCAAAUAAAGAUAAAGAAAAAGAGGAAAAUAAAAUAGAGCUCAUAAAAUGCUUGGAAGGCCAAGAAAUAAAACUUGUAGAUGAAAAGAAAGUGGAUGCUCCGAUGAUCAUACCAUUGAAGGAAAACACAAAAACGUCCGCUGCACUUGCCAGUUUAAUGAAAAGACGUGCUAUCCUUUUAGGUGAGGCAGAUGAGCUUCCACCUAGUUCGCAUACUAGUCAAAUAAAUAAUGAUAAUAAUGAAAAUCACCUAAAUGAGACGUUGGAGGAGAGAGCGGCACGGGAAUUGCUUGCUUCUGUACAAAGUAAAGGCAAUGAAACUAUUGAUCAAAAUCUUGUGUUACCCGCGUUGAAAGCAGACGAAUUGCCACUUGAUGGUGCCAAACAAUCAACAAUAGAUGAUUACGACAAUGUGCCCAUUGAACAAUUUGGCAAGGCAAUGUUGCGAGGCAUGGGCUGGACUGAGCCUAUUAAGAAGAAAGGUGAAACUCCAACUGAUGAAAUGUUAUUUGUACGACCAAAAGGAAUGGGUUUGGGCGCAGAUAAAGCACUUAAGAAACAACCGUUAUUAGUGGCACCGGAAAAGAACGAAGUACUAGAAAUAAAGAAGCAAGCGUAUGUGCGAAUUUUGGGUGGUAAACAUAAAGAUAUGUAUGGGCAGAUUGAAGGUUUUGAUGACCACGCCGGUCGGGUUAUUGUUAAAAUGGCAAUAGGAGGAGGCAAAGAAGCCUUCAAUGAGUUUUUGUGUCAACCUGUUUCGAAGAAAGAAUUCGCGCAGUAUGGCAAAUGCAUCAAUACUGCUAAAUAUGAAGAAUACAAAAAAAUGGAGAAUGAACAUGGACAAAUAAUAAUAAAAAAAGAGGAAAGUCACAAAAAAGCUUUAUCUUUGAAGGAUGAGAUUAAAGGAGAGUAUAAAAACAAUAACGAUAACAAACACAAAUCAGAAAAUAAGCAUGGAUAUAAGGGUGAUAAGUCACGAAAUAAUGAUGAAAUUUCAGACAAAAACAGGCAAAAAUAUAAAUAUGACAAUGAUCGCGAACGCUUUGAUCAACACAGUAGUUCUUGCAGACAACGAAGCGACGACCGACAAAGUUACCACAGUAAUGGUAAUCGUGUUGAAGAGAACAGACGACGUGACGGAUGCCGGUAUAGCAAUAUUCGCCAUUAUGAAUUAGACGAACAACGUAGCAGCAGCAGUCGCCGUGAACGUUAUGAUGAUCGACGCAAAGAGCGUGAUGAAAGCGAACGUAAAUCAAGAGGACGYAGCAGUCGGACCGAGCAUGAGGAACGCCAUCCGUCAGCUAGUAGCUACAGCAGGCGUCAGCAGUACACUGACGAUACCAGUGCUUCUUCUGGUACUGAUAGUGAUUCCGACUCAGCAUAUGAACGUAAGCUGAAAAAGAAGUCGUCGAACCAUAAAUCGAAGCCAAAAAAAAAGGRUAGUAAAAAGUCCAAACGUAAACAACGACAUCGGUCGUCGGAUACAGAGACUUCCUCUAAUAGUGACAGCGAGGAUGGCGAAGAUGUAAAUCAUCGCGAAAAAAAGCAACACAAAAAGAAGACAAAGAAAAGCAAGAAACCACGUUCAAGAUCACGAUCACAUGAUCGCAUYGGUAGAUGAUUGUUGCAAAAUAAAAUAAUAAAUUCUAUGAUAUGUACUAUAUAAUUUUUUAAAACUAAAAUCAAAAUUAUUUUGUUUAUAAUUAAAAUAGGGAUAUUUAUUUAAUGUGUAAAAUGUCAACACUCACGACUCAAUAUUUUGCUUAAACUUGUAAAUUAAUCAUGCUUGUUUUUUAA